AUGUCGUUCAACUCAUCCAACUCAUUAUCUGUUAACGAAGCAAAAACAAAUAUUAUUAUUAAAGAUGAUGAUGAGAAUUUUCUAAAGAAUUUUUUAAAAGAGUUUUAUCAAAGAAUUAUUGAAAUAAAUGAUAUCAAUAAUUUUGAAAAUAUUACAAAUGAAUGGAUAAAUAAUUAUAUUAAAAAUAAUAAUAAAAAUCCUGAAAAAAUUCUUAAGUUAAUGGAAAAUCAUGAUAAUAAUAUCAUUUGGUUCACAAGUUCUAUAGGAUUUUUUUAUCAAUUUGGUAUUGGUUGUAAUCUUGAUAAGAAAAAAUCUAUUGAAUCAUAUUAUUUAUCUAUUGAUAAUAUAAAAGGUAAAAAUUAUUUAAGUAAUUAUUAUUUUAAUGAAUUAAAUUUUAUUGAAGAAUAUGAUGAUGAUAAUGAUUUAUUUAAUGUUUUAAGAUAUAAAAAUAUUAUUAUAGGAAAAUAUUUAUUAUCUUUAUUUUAUUAUAAAGAUAUUAUUUUAGAUAUUAAUUUUAAACAAAAUGAAUUAUCAAAUCUCUUAAAAUUAGCUGAAAAUGACAAUUUAGAAGCAAAGUAUAAUUUAGCCAUCUGUUAUAAAAAUGGAAAAGGUACAAAAUCUAAUUAUAAAAAAGCUUUUGAAUUAUUUUUAAAUUUAGCUGAAAGAGAAAAUUCUGAUGCUCAAUAUAAUUUAGCAGUAUGUUAUAUGGAUGGAAUAGGAACGCAAAGGGACGGGAAAAAGGCAUUUGACUGGUUUUUAAAAUCUGAAAAAUGUAAAAAUGAGACUACUCAAUGUAGUGAAGAUGAAAGGUUAGAGUUUGAAAAGACCUUAAAAUUAGCGAUAUCAAACAAUUCAAAAGCACAAGAUCAUUUGGGAUGUUGCUAUAGAAAUGGUAAAGGAAUAAAUAAGAAUGAAAAGAAAGCAUUUGAAUGGUAUUUUAAAUCUGCGAGUAAUGGAUAUGCAAUAGCACAAAAUAAUUUGGGACGUUGUUAUGAAAUUGGCACGGGAACAAAGAAAAACGAAACAAAAGCAUUUGAAUGGUAUUCGAAAUCAGUUAUUAGUGGAUGUGCUGAAGGAGAAGUUAGCUUAGGGCUUUGUUAUGAAAAUGGUGUAGGAACGGAUAAAAAUGAAAUAAAAGCGUUUGAAUGGUAUAUUAAAUCUGCUGAAAAUGGAAAUGCGAUGGGACAAAACAAUUUGGGAUUAUUUUAUCAGCAUGGUAAAGGAACAGAUAAAAAUAAACCAAAAGCAUUUGAAUGGUUCUCAAAAUCGGCAAUUGCUGGAUGUGUGAAUGGGCAAUGCAAUUUGGGUUAUUGUUAUUAUAAUGCAAUAGGAACAGAUAAGGAUAUAAAAAAAUCUUUUGAAUGGUACCUGAAAGCAGCUGGAGGUGGUUAUGCAAUAGCACAAAAUUAUGUAGGAGCAUGUUAUUAUUUUGGUAUUGGAGCUGAUAGUAAUAAUGAUAAAGCAAUUUAUUGGUAUAAAAAAGCUUUAGAUAAUGGAAUUGAAGAAGCAAAAGAUAUGUUGAAGGUUUUAAUACCUUAUUAA